CAUCCCAGUGGCCAGUAAGAGACCUGUAUCUGUGAUAAUGUAGUAGUAACAGUAAUAUCAGCAGUACAAUGAUUUCAGGGAUCAAGUAAUUCAGACUGGGUAAGGUCGCCAUCUGCUGGACAAGGGGAGUGAAGGUACGUGAUUCUUUCAUAAUGUGUUGCAAAAGAUGACCCAAGAAACUGCAAUAGUUUAUCAGAAGAAACCACAGGCCCACAAUGCACUGCGUGCUGUAAUUGGAACUCAGAAAACUGGAUUCUCAGUAAAAACAAUACACGCCAUUUUAGAUAGUGGGAUUAGCCUAAUAAAAGAGUUAUGUGGUACUGUUAAUGUCGUUGCUGCAGAUGCUGUCAUCCUUACUGAGGCUGUUCCACAGACAGCCCCACUGUUCUGUGUCUGAGCAACCGCCUCCGGCUUUCUCCCAUUUUGUGUCCAGAUGUACCGGGACGGCAGAUGGCAUCAAGGAACAGUCCACACAGACUCUCUGGUGUCUCUCUACGCUGCAGCCUGACGACAGCCCCGGUUGACAGAGGACACAGCGGUCCACCACGUCAGAACGUCAAAUAAAGCGUGUGGUUGGACUCAGAGCAAAGUACAAACAGGAAACCGUUUCUGCACAACUUUCUCUUCCAUGGUCUCCGGCGCACGUCGUGAUAAUGCCUCGGUGUUAUGGCAAAGUCCCGUGUCGGCUGUGGCUCUCGCCGAUUGGCAUCUUGUAUUUGUCGACAUUCUGGGUCGCACCUGUAAUGUUACACCCGCAGUGUUUAGAUUUUAAGCCGCCCUUCCGACCGCGGAGGGAGCUGGAGUACUGUGUAAUGUACAAGGAGUUUGGCUGCUGCGAUUAUGACAAAGACCAGGAGCUGAUGACUCGGUUCUACGAGAUUAUGAAUAAUGUUGAUUACUACGGAUAUGCCACUUGUGCGGGGUUCGUAAUGGAGCUGCUCUGCCAGGAAUGUUCUCCCUAUGCGGCUCACCUCUUUGACGCUGAGGACCCGAACACCCCGGUCCGGACGGUCCCUGGCCUCUGUCCAGACUACUGCUCCCAGUUUUGGAGUAAGUGCAGCUCCAUCAUCCCUUUCCUAUCUGAUGACCCACACAUAACCAAACUCAAAGAAGACCAGACUCGUCUCUGCCGGUACCUGGCGCUAGAUGAUGAGGACUACUGCUAUCCACACCUCCUCAGCAAUCAGAAGCUCAGCCAAAACCUGGGCCGGGUUCAGUCAGACUCAGAAGGUUGUCUGCAGCUAUGUCUGGAAGAAGUGGCCAAUGGGCUGCGGAACCCAGUAGCCAUGGUCUACGCCAAUGAUAGAACACAUCGGUUCUUUGUGGCCGAACAGGUGGGCUUAGUGUGGGUCUACCUUGCUGACAGGUCCAAACUGGAGAGGCCAUUCCUGAAUAUCACCAAGGCGGUGUUAACAUCAUCAUGGGAGGGUGAUGAGAGGGGCUUUCUGGGACUCGCCUUCCACCCCAUGUUCUUGUACACUGGGAAGCUGUACGUGUAUUACUCAGUGGAGGUGGGUUUUGAUGAGAGGAUCAGGAUCAGUGAGUUCCGUAUAUCAGGCAGCGACAUGAAUAUGGUGGAUCACACCACUGAGCGGGUUAUUCUGGAGAUCGAUGAACCCGCAUCGAACCACAAUGGAGGGCAGCUGCUGUUUGGACAUGAUGGCUACUUGUAUAUUUUCACAGGUGAUGGUGGGAUGGCAGGAGACCCAUUCGGCAAAUAUGGGAAUGCCCAGAACAAGUCAUCUCUCUUGGGUAAAGUUCUUCGUAUUGAUGUGGAUAACAACCAUAGAGGCCCGCUGUACAGAAUACCUCCAGAUAACCCCUUCCUACAUGAGCAAGGAGCCAGACCUGAGGUUUUUGCUUACGGUGUCCGCAAUAUGUGGAGGUGCUCAGUGGACCGGGGUGACCCUUUCACCGAAGAGGGCAAAGGACGCAUCUUCUGCGGAGACGUAGGGCAGAAUAAGUUUGAAGAGGUCGAUAUCAUUGAGAAAGGUCGGAACUACGGCUGGAGAGCUAAAGAGGGCUUCUCCUGCUACGAUAAGAAGCUGUGUACCAACAGGUCUCUAGAUGAUGUCCUGCCUAUUUACGCAUACCCCCACAAGAUGGGCAAGUCAGUGACUGGUGGUUAUGUGUACCGAGGCUGUGAAUACCCCAACCUGAACGGAAUGUACAUUUUUGGAGACUUCAUGAGUGGGCGUUUGAUGAGUCUGCAGGAGGACAGACGCACAAGGCAAUGGAAAUACAAUGAAAUCUGUAUGGGGAAGGGCCUGACCUGUGCCUUCCCAGGACUCAUUAACAACUACCACCCGCACAUUAUCUCCUUUGCUGAGGAUGCAGCUGGGGAGCUGUACUUUAUGUCCACUGGAAUACCGAGUGCUACAUCAGCUUCAGGAGUUGUUUAUAAAGUAGUGGAUCCCUCAAGGCGCGCUCCUCCAAGACUGUGUCACUAUGACCCUCGUCCUGUUACAGUAAAAAGUAAUCUCAUCAAGUUUGUUCCUCAGGAGACACUGAUUGGCAUUGAUUUACCAAGCAUAAACCAGCCUGAGCCACAACCCACAGAAUCAUACGACUGGCUUCAAGAACUCAUUGACCGUCUAGCUGAACUAGGACCAGACCCAACCACCCCUUCAACAACCACAACUACCACCAAACCAAGGAGGAAAAACCGGCGCAGGAAGGGCAAAUCCAGAAUAGAAGGUGUACCUGAGAUCCAGAAUGGAGCAGUGAGACUUGUUAGAAACGAUCAUGGCCGCAGUGACCGUGGAAGGGUGGAGAUCUACAUUAAUGGGGAGUGGGGCACCGUGUGUGACGACCUUUGGACCCCCAGAAAUGCUGCAGUGGUUUGCCGGCAGCUAGGGUUCCGGAACGCUCUGAAGGCAGCCAAGAACGCAGAGUUUGGUGAGGGGAGGAAUCUGCGCAUUCUUCUGGAUGAUAUACAGUGUGAAGGGACUGAGUCCAGCCUCCUGCACUGCAAACAUGCUGGCGUGGGGACACAUAACUGUGCCCACUAUGAAGACGCCGGGGUUAUCUGUGGCAACUGAGAUGUUGUAGAGGUCUAAAAGUUUGACUACUAUGAAGUCAGAGCUAAUUAUCAUUACCUAAACCUGUUGUCUGAGAAAUCAACAAUUAAUCCUUUGAAAAACAUGUAAGCUAUUUUUAGUCUAGUCUCAAGGUAUUUUGACAUUCCUAAUUAAUGCUCAGACCACUUUAAAACAACAUAACUUGGUACCACAAUAUUUCCAGUAGCUACAGUGGAGUUAAAAUAGAAUAGGCUAAAUGUGAUCUAUUUUGUUGUCAGCCCACAAUAGAAACAAAAAGGGAGAGAUCUUGUAGAAUGCAGUGCAGCCAGAAUAUAAGCUUUGAAUAAGAUGCUUGAUAUGUUUUCUCUUUGUUUGUUUUAAAUCAAAUCCACAGGUGAAUGCAGCCUAAAGCAGAUGUAGCGACAGUCCUUUCAUGAAAGGAUUCCAGAAGUUAUGAGAUAACCUCUGUAAUUAAUUGUUAAUUAUAUAAUAGUCUACUACAAGAGUGUCUUUUACUUUGGUAAUUAAACCUGCUUGCCAGCGGUUGCCUAAUUUUAAGGUAAAUGUUUAUAUUUUAGAGACCCCCAGCGUAGAGGAGAGAGACUAGCUACACUGGUACAGCUAAACUAGCUAGCAGGGCACUAGCACCUAUGCUGUUCUUGAUUAGCGAUUAUUCCAGGCCCCAUACACCGCACGACUCUAGAUAUCGCCUCGGCGUGUUUUUUUUUUUUUACAGUGACCACAAUACAACACUGCUUUUUCUGACAUUUAUUUAGAACUGCUGAAAAAUAUCACUUCCCCCAGGGUCAGUCUCACACAUAUAAGCCAAACUGACGGUCCAAAACACAGCACAGCAAUUAACUUAGUAAAACAUCGUCAGAUAACACACCAGCAUAAGUCAGCAACAUUAACACAUAACAACAAUGGGGUAACACAUAAGAAGACUUUAACUAUUAUAAGCUAUUAUUUCUGUGUAGCUUCUUCCGGUUCUUUCAAACCAGGAACUCUCAAUGAGAC